GGCCAAUCAUUCGUAAAAACUUGAAAAAAUACUGUAACUUAAUUUCAUGGAUGGAAAAUCUGUAUCAUUUUGCUGCACUCAAGCAGAAUAUGUCAUUGGAUUUUGUUUUAACCAAAUUCAGUCAUCAAAGUUUGCCAAUACUCACGAGAGGUCUUUAUCCCUUGGACAUACGUUAAUGCUAGCGUCUGCACUCGAAAAGCAGGAAAAAUGGAUUGAGGAAAGCAAAAAUAAGAAUGUUAACAAAGCUAGUUUGUUUAAGUGCCUGCAGGAUAAUGCAAGGAAAAAUUUUCUUACAAGGUCAUCAUUGGUUCGCUGGUUUGGAACGUAUGAUCAUAAGUCAACAGACAGACAAAUCAUCCUCAAACAUGAGCGACAAUACAUUCUGGAACAUUUAUACAAAUGCCAAAAACAAGCGGUGACAUUUGACCCUUUCCCCGAAGAACAACUGCACCAAACAUCAGAGGAAGGAGGAAAUAUUUUCAAAACACUUUCUAUUUUACUUCUGAAACGAGAAUCUGAAAUAAAAGAGGCAACUUACAAAUAUCACGAAAACUGUCCAGAUGUAAAUCUGAGGCCAAUUUGUGGAAUCACCUCUGAUCGCUGGAAAACAUAUAUACAAGAAAACGAAGGAGAUUUAGUCCCAUUUAUCCUUGACGCAAUUAGUAACCUUUUUAAUGUCACUAUUAAAAUAUUUUGCAUCGUUUCGAAAGAGUUAACAAUAUUCUACCCUAAUGAAGAUACACAAGAAGAAAUUGCGAUUGGCCAUCGAGGAGGAAAGACGUACGUUCCACUCAAGGAACUCCAAAAAGAUGUGGACAUUAAAAGGUUUGAGGAAAAACAAGCUGCUUACCUUCAAAUCAAUGAAAACUUGGAUAAACUUAAGAUAGAACUGGAGGAAACCGACAAGGAUAUAAAAUCUAACCAAAGUCGUAUAAAACGUCUUGAAAAAGCAAUUGCAGACUUAAAACAAAGAAAGGAAGACAUAGAAAAAGAAAUCGAGGAAAAAUCUAGACAAUAUGAAAAAGAAAAAGAUAAAGUGCAGAAGAUCAAGAAAAGGGUUCAAGUUUUGAAUGAAAAAAGGGUGAAAAUGGAAAACUUCUUAAAACAAGCUGCCGGGGUCGCUGAAGAAAUAGUAUCUGAUUUAGAUGAGUUAGACGUAAGUAGAGAAGAUCACAAGAAAAUAUCGCUUUCUGAAUCCCAGACCCCUGUGGAACCACAAAAGAUAACACCGAAAAGAUCUGUCCGAGAAUGCACGAAAACUACGAAGUCGACAACCCACAAAUGAUAUCAAAGACGAAAGAAGCAAAUCAA